AGUACUCAGAGGGAAGAGGCAGGCGGUUAAGACCAGCUAUGGCUACAUAAAGUUUUCAAGUCAUCGAACUUUCAGUGAGCAUCUACUAUAUACAAGAUGAACAUCUGCAACAAACCCUCCAACAAGACAGCCCCUGAGAAGAGCGUGUGGACAGCGCCCUCCCAGAACAGUGGCCCUUCCCCAGAACUGCAGGGCCAGCGGUCUCGCCGGAACGGAUGGAGCUGGCCCCCCCACCCGCUGCAGAUUGUGGCCUGGCUGCUCUACCUCUUCUUCGCUGUGAUUGGCUUUGGGGUGCUUGUUCCCCUCCUGCCUCACCCCUGGGUGCCUGCUGGCUAUGCCUGCAUGGGUGCCAUCUUUGCUGGCCACCUAGUGGUGCACCUGACUGCUGUCUCCAUCGAUCCAGCCGAUGCCAAUGUGCGAGACAAGAGCUAUUCUGGACCCCUGCCCAUCUUCAACCGCAGCCAGCAUGCACACGUCAUUGAGGACCUGCACUGCAACCUCUGCGACGUGGACGUGAGUGCGCGAUCCAAACACUGCAGCGCCUGUAACAAGUGCGUUUGCGGCUUCGACCAUCAUUGCAAGUGGCUCAACAACUGCGUGGGCGAGAGGAAUUAUCGGCUCUUUCUACACAGUGUGGCAUCUGCUUUAUUGGGUGUUCUGCUCCUGGUGCUGGUGGCCACAUAUGUCUUCGUGGAGUUCUUUGUCAACCCUAUGCAGCUUCGUACCAACCAACACUUUGAAGUCUUGAAGAAUCACACAGAUGUGUGGUUUGUGUUCUUGCCUGCUGCCCCUGUGGAGACUCAGGCUCCUGCCAUCCUGGCCCUGGCUGCCCUACUCAUCCUCCUAGGCCUGCUUUCUACAGCCCUGCUCGGCCACCUUCUCUGCUUCCACAUCUAUCUAAUGUGGCACAAGCUUACCACCUAUGAGUACAUCGUGCAGCACCGCCCAGCCCAGGAAGCAAAGGAGACCCACAAGGAGCUUGAGUCGUGUCCCCGCAAGAUGCGGCCCAUUCAGGAGAUGGAGUUUUACAUGAGGAACUUCAGCCAUGUGCGUCCAGAGCCCUCUGGCCAGGCCAGGCCGGCAGCAUUAAAUGCCAAUCCUUCCCAGUUUCUUGCCACCCAAGGCCAAGUGGAACCACCACUGCCCUCCUCCUCAGACACACUGGCUCUGCCUCCACGGAUCCAACCCCAGAAAAAGAGGAAGCGGCGUGUUUAUAGAUUGCCAAGGUCUGGGGUCUUGGACCUGGAGCCCCCGCUGCCCAGGUUACGGGAGACUGGGACCCCUGGCCGCCACUCCAGCUCUUCGUCGGAUUCCACCAGUGCCAGCCCAGGCGCCUACUACUCCGCAUCAGCCGAGUCCAUGGAAGAGAUUCCAGUGGCCCAGACACGCCUGGGCAGUGCCGCACUGGGCGCCCCAGGAGCCAGGGGCCGAGAGUCUGGGCUGGCGCUACAGGCACGUUCGCCGGCCGUGUUCGUGAGCCCGAGCAGUGGCGAGCCCGGGUCACCUGCGGCGGUGAAGAUUGUCUGCCUUAGUGCGGACUGGAGGCAGGAGGGCCGUGGAGGAAUGGCCGGCCCGACUCUAUGCAACACCCCAUCUUUGCCGCACCGAAUGCGGGCCUCAAGGCCGGCGGGAUCGGCCUCCCUUGCCCAAGACUCAGCAAUAUCCACUCCACCAGCCCUGAUGCUCCAAUAAACUUUUUUUUUUUUUAA